AUGGCGAGACCUUUGUCUCCAACAACGUCUUCUCUUGAUGAGCCAGCAGAAGUUUGCGCUUUCCAACAGUCCUCUCCGCUUUCUCUGCGCCGGCAGCCGUCCUCGUCUUCUUCUCCUUCUCCACCUGCUCCACCGCUGACAGACAUCUCGCAAACUCACGACUACAAUUUCUCCGGCGCAGUUUACGAUGAAAGCACUUCGAACUCAGAGUCAGAAAGCAUUUCGCAACCAGAUCACGGAUACGAAGACGGUAUCGAGGAUGCCGACCAACGCGUCUUCUCGGGAUGCUCAUCCAUCUCCUCCAUCCCCACGACAGUAUCACAGCCCCUGUAUUCAAGGCAAGAACAGUAUGCCCCCCGAACACCUUCAAAACGCGACUCGCACGGGUUCUAUUCCUCUGAAAGAUCUGGCGGACCUCGGCCUGCUACCACCUCCCCUGGAAACCUCCGCGAAUACCACUCAGCGUUCCGCCAUGCCAGCAGUGUCAAGGCUCUACAGAUGAAAGACGAAGCAAUGAGUGAAACACACAGUGUUAUAAGGCACCACAGACGGACUGGCUCACAAAUGUCGUCAUACAGUCAGAGAAGUCUCUUUUCAGUUCGGACGUCUCCAACCAAAAGAUCAAGCCGGUCUCACACCACAUCUCCACUGAAAGAUGGCGCCAAUCUCAAGAAGGAAUUCCCUCUUAUACUCUUGCAUUGUACAUUACUGCCACCCAAUCAGCGGUUCCAGCCGUCGUCCCAAGAUAGUGCAGACCUCAGCGAACUAUUGCCAGAGGAAUACAAACAGCGUUGGCUAGCUCUGCGGAACAGACUGGCAGAUGUCGAGAUCAGCAGCCGGGGGGUACUGAUCCCCCAUCCUAGGGAUGACUAUGGAUUGCUCGAAGAACGACUUUUAGAGAGCUUGGAACUCGAGAAACCCCGGAUCAGGCACAAUCACUACUUCAACGCCGGUGGCAGCAGCGUAGACAGUGGCUUUGAGAGUGGCAGCCUUACCGAAGAGGAGACCGAACUUGAUGGUCUGGGCUAUUGCAGAUGCCCAGACUGUGGAGGACAUCUACAUUCAGACCAGACGAGUCGCAGAUGGGAUGUCAAAAUUUUUGCCGCCAAUGGCUUGAUGCGAGCUGGGGCAUGGGCUGCAGCAUGGCAAGAGAUGGAGAAGGUCGACGUGGAAAUCAACGUUUGCCUGCCAGAAGGAAUCUGCCAGGAACUCGAGGCCAAACUUGCAUUCGCCGACGAGGUGCAGGCAGAAAUAGGCCACCUCGACUCCAAAAACAGCCCUGCGGAUUGUGAAAUGGCAAAUUCUCGCGAACAAGAAGUAUACGGUGACUUUGGAAGACUUCAAAGCGAGACCGAUACGAGCAACUUCGGACAGCAACCACUUAUGGAAUCGAAGCAGGUGCAUCCACCGCCUAGCCCACGUCCUUUUGAGCAAGAUGCACAAGCCCCGCCUGCUGUUUGGAGUGGACGGUUCAGCAAGGAGAGUAGAAAUCUCCUGGUGGGGGUGCUGAGCUUCUUGGUAUUGUUGUUUGCAUUGGCAGGCAGGCAAGGAGGGUCUCAGAAAGAGCCCCCUGUGCGGACGUUACAGUUGACCACGGAAUUGACAGAAAUCGUCACCAGCACAGUCACGACGACCAGUAUUGCAAUCUCAACAGCAACUGUGACGGCCUCUGUGGAUACACUGCCUCCAUAUGCGUGUUCUCUACCAGAAAGGGCGGAUGAUCCGGUAGUGGAAACAAUCGAAAACUUGGCUGACCAACCCGCCUCCGCAACGGAUUUGUCCAAGCCACCGCUGGACCCUACGCAGGGGGCCAAAAGCGAUACGAGUACUGUCGCGCAGCAAAGCGCUGAGCUAGAAGACAGCGAGAGAGGUUCCACCUUGGCAUCCGAAGAAGAGGGUCCCGAUCCGAGCCUUUUGCAAGGUCUAGACUCCGCUGAUAUGCUUAGAUAG